CCAUCCUUGGGAACUCCUCUGCUUGUUUUCGACAUCAUCGUCUCCCUUCCGAGUUUCCCAAAGCUUCAGCUGCGCCAUGGCGAGCCAUAGAUAGAGCGCGCGCUCUCUCUCUCUCUCCCCCUCUCUCUCACUCUCCUUAUACCCGAGGCCAUGAGCGUUGCGCUCGCUCUCUCGCAUCCGAUCUGAGUGAGAUCUCCCCGAUUGCUCCGUCCCCAACCCCUCCCUCCGAUCCCAGCGAGCGAUCGACAUGGCGAACGCCACGGGAGUCGUCGCGCCCCACGCGACGUGCCUCCGCGUGAGGAUUCGGGGGCGCCCCCUCGUAGGGCUCCUUCGGUCUCCCGCUUCCGCCAAUGCGCGCGGGGCCCCGCUCCGCGCCGCCGCGGACGGGGGCGGCGAGGAUCGCGCCCUCGGAACCGCGUCCGCAAAACCGCGCUUGCCGAGACUAGUAGGAAUGGGUUCAAAGCUUGUUGGAUGCGGAUCGGCUGUGCCAAAACUUAUGGUUUCCAAUGACGACCUUGCAAAAAUUGUCGAUACAUCGGAUGAGUGGAUCUCUGUUCGCACCGGGAUUCGUAAUCGACGAGUGUUGACAGGGGAUGAAACAUUGAGUGGGCUUGCGAUGGAGGCAGCAAAGGGGGCUCUUCAUAUGGCUCAAGUAGAUCCGGAUGAUGUUGACCUUCUCAUCAUGUGCACAUCCACUCCAGAUGAUCGUUUCGGAUGUGGUGCUCGGGUCCAAAGAGACUUAGGUUGCAAAAAUGCUUGGGCAUUUGAUACGACAGCUGCCUGUAGUGGGUUUGUUGUGGGACUAAUCACAGCCACUCGUUUUAUCAAAGGUGGUGGAUUUCAGAAUAUCCUAGUGAUAGGUGCAGAUGCUCUUUCUCGUUGUGUGGAUUGGACGGAUAGAGGUACAUGCAUUCUUUUCGGUGAUGCCGCUGGUGCCGUAUUGGUCCAGGCAUGCAAUGGUGAUGAAGAUGGCUUUCUAGGCUUUGACGUGAACAGCGAUGGCAAUGGUCAAAAGCAUCUAAAUGCCGUAGCCAAGGAGGAUGGUGCUGAUGCACUCUUAAACAGCAACGGUGCACCACUUUUUCCUCCCAAGAAAUCGUCCUUCUCUUUUAUCCAAAUGAAUGGAAAGGAGGUCUUUCGAUUCGCAGUGCGGUGCGUACCGCAGUCCAUUGAAUCCGCGCUCGAAGAAGCCGGCCUUUCUACUUCUAGCAUUGAUUGGUUGUUACUUCAUCAGGCGAAUCAGCGAAUCAUAGAUGCAGUUGCCAGCCGAUUGCAGAUCCCUGGAGAAAAGGUCAUCUCAAAUUUGGCCAACUAUGGUAAUACUAGUGCUGCAUCUAUUCCUUUGGCAUUGGAUGAAGCGGUCCGGAGUGGCAAGGUGAAGGCCGGUGAUACGAUUGCGGCUGCUGGUUUUGGAGCCGGGCUUACAUGGGGUUCGGUGAUCAUGAGGUGGGGUUAGGUUAAGAUAAUCUGAAUCGACGAGGAAGUUGGAAGUGUUAGGGCAUUUGAUCACAGAUUCCUGGCCCAGUUUGGCUAACGGCACCACGAAUCAGUCCGAGAGGGAUCCUUCCAAGUUCCGCCCUCCCCUCUUUUAUGGUUCCCGCGUUCUUUCUCCUAUUUUCUGUGAAGUCAUUUGUAUCAAGUUUUGUUCUCUUCAGUUAUUCCCUUGUCAUAAUGAGGUGUUGGAUAUUUAUAUGCUGGAAUGCAAGUCAAUUGCUCAUGUUGCGUUUUGCCCUAAAUUCGAUCAGUUUGGCAGAAUAAUUCUUUUACUUAAUUGUUGAACUUUUGGCUCCAUGCCAACAUGUCACUGCAGAGUAAAUGAGCUGGCAUGAAUUCGAUCGUUUUCUUAGAAUU